ACCGACCAAGGUUUGUGUCUGUCCUCAAUCUCUCCGAGCAGCCGACGACGUCGUUCCGUUAUUUGCAGCUAUCGUAAUCGUUAGUUGAAAAAAAAACUUAAACCUAGCAAAACAUCCAAAGCGCCGAGGAAGAAGCUUCCAUCUCUCGAUUGUAGUUGUAGAGGGUAGCAUUGAGCAAUCGAACAAUGGAGGGCAGAGAUAAUGAGGAAAAAGGGCCCGAAGCGGAAGAAGGUAGGAACUACUGCGGAAGACUGUCGAAGAGCGCACAGAAGAAGCUGUUAAAGCAGCAGAAAUGGGAAGCGAAGAAGGCAGAAAAGAAAGCUCUGGAAAAAGAGCAGAAGAAGAGAGAGGGGGAGCGGAAGCGGAAGGAAUGGGAGGAGAGAUUGGCGAGCGUUAGCGAAGAGGAGAGGGGGAAGCUGAUAGAGUCGAGGAAGAGUUUAAGGAAGGAGAGGAUGGAGCAGAGGUCAGAGGAGCGAGAGAGAAACACAGAGAGACUGAGCAGAGCCAAAGAGUGCGGACAGAAGAUUGUGAUCGAUCUCGAAUUCUCUCACCUCAUGACCCCAGCCGAGAUCAACAGCCUCGUUCAACAGAUUAUGUAUUGUUACGCGGUGAAUAAAAGAUGCAGGGAGCCGGGUCAUCUAUGGUUGACGGGGUGCAAGGGAGAGAUGGGUACGCAACUGAAGAGGCUCCCGGGGUUUGAUAAUUGGAUUAUAGAGAAGGAAGAUCGAUCGUACAUGGAAGCUUUGGAGGAUGAAAAGCAAAAUCUGGUAUAUCUGACAGCUGAUUCAGAAAAUGUGGUUGAUGAUCUUGAUUCAAGCAAGAUAUACAUUGUUGGGGGGCUGGUGGAUCGGAAUCGGUGGAAAGGGAUCACCAUGAAGAAAGCAGAGGAGCAGGGCAUUCAAACGGCAAAGCUUCCCAUAGCUAACUACUUAAACAUGUCCUCUUCCCAGGUGCUGACUGUGAAUCAAGUGAUAGAGAUUCUGCUCAAGUUUUUGGAAACAAAGAAUUGGAAGGACUCUUUCUUCCAAGUGAUUCCUCAAAGAAAAAGAUGCCAAGCGGAUUCAGAGCAAUCUCAACAAGUGAAAGGGGGAGAAAAUGGAAUUGACAGUGAAGAGAAAAAUGAUCAAUUUGAAAGCAAAAAACAGUGUGCUCAAGACUCAACAAGUCAAGCCCCUUCCCAUGAUUAAUUAGAGCAUUGUGACUGCAUUUUUGAAUGAAUGGAAAAGUUGUCUAAAUUUGAUAUAUCAAUAUUCAUCAUGGUGUACUGGUGUGUUUGAAUUUUUGUAUCCAACUUGUUUUGUUUGGGGGAAUCAAAUUGUGGGGUUCUAAAAUGUGAACCUUAUUUGGUAAAGGAUGAAUUUUAAUUCUUUCGUGCAAAAUCGUAAACAGUGUGUAGUUAUUAUUAGUUUUAUUUGUGAUAAGACGUCUAUGUAGAUUGAAGGUUAUUUCAAGCACUUUGACUUCAGUGAGGAGCAGGGUUUGUUGCGAAUACCCUUGUGCUUUAAUUAUCUUGAUUUUCAUUGUUACAAAAGUAAUAGGAUUGUUGUUUUUUCAUUUAUGCUUUUGAUAUGUAUUCAGGAAUCCGAUGGAUAGAAUAGAUACAAAGGCUUGUUUGGAAGCUGGGCAAUUGAGGGAGAAGCAAACAAAUUAUGAACCAGUAACAAUUUCACUCCAUCAAUCAUGUUUACUUCCUAUGCAUUCAGUGGGAUGUACCUGUUCUAAUUUGAGCUUUCAUGCAUGUGCUUGUGGAGAAGUAUGCAAGGUGUGACAUUCCUGACUUUGACACGAAGACAUAAAUACCAUGCCCCUGCUAAUACGCCUCUUGGAGAAUUUGUUGAUUUUAUUCAGUUACAGAGCGGGCUCAGCAUAAAGAAGCCUAUAUUUGUCUUUUUCAAGAACACUAUAACCCAGACUGGUGAGUUGCUACUCAAUUAGAUUUAAGCAAGAUAUGCAUUGUUGACGACUGGUGGACCGGAAUCGGUGGAAAGGGAUCACCAUGAAGAAAGAAAGCAGACGGGCAGGGCAUCCAAAAGGCAAUACUUAUCAUAGCCAACUACUUGAACACUGUUUGACGGAGGUUGAGUUACCAUUGUUGUUGUUUUGGUUUUGGUGGGUUAGGCUGAUUCAGAGGGACCUCCAAAAGUAAAAGGAGAAGAAAGUGAAAGAGAGGGUGAAGAGAAAAUGCCUCUUGGGGAAUUUGUUGAUUUUAUACUUCAAGAACACUAAACCUCCCGCUGGUGUGUUGGAAACUCAUUUCUAUUUUAGGCAUACGACCUUGUUCCCAGAGUUGUGGUUGUAUAAUUCUUUUAAUGUCACAGGUGCCAGGAUAUAAAACUACUACAAGGACGACUAUGCAGGUCAAAACCUACUUUUUCUAAAUACUAUUUCUGAUAAGAAGAGUCUCAGAGCUCUCAGAGUUUGCACUUUUUCUAAUGCUACUUAAGGGCAUUCUUGCCCUUCAUUGGAUCCACACAGUUUUUCUUCUC